CCGACCUGGAUCCGAGUUUCUCACAGUUUCUCCGAUUCUUUAUCCUGUUUCGAUUUCCGGGCACUGUAGAUUGUGUUUGCGAGGCUCGCAAAGCCUCUCAGAUUUACUUGAGACUCUCUUGGUUCACGCUGUCACUGGUUCGCCAACAGAGUUUGGUUUGCUACCGCUUCGUUUGUCCUCCCCCGACUCCGGUUAUCAAAAUGGCCAGCUGAGUGAAAAUUUCACUCUUUUCAAUAUAAAUCAGUUAUGAAGCAAUCCAAAGAUCCUUUUGAGGCGGCGUACGACGAACAAGAGGAGUCGCCUCCCGAAUCCCCAAUUGCACAGGAAGGUUCAGAGGCUCAAACGGGUGGUGUUGGUGCUGCUGCUCAUGGACGAGAAGACGAUGACGACACCAGGGGUGCUCAUCGGCCCAAUAUAUCCACUUCCGCUCCCAGGGCUAUAGCUAGUACCUCCACCAAGAACAAAGAAGAUGAUGACGAGGAAGAGGAGGAGAACGUGGAAGUUGAACUAUCAAAAUUCCCUUCUAGCGCCGACCCCACUAAGAUGGCCCGGAUGCAGUCCAUUUUAUCACAAUUUACUGAUGAACAAAUGAGUAGGUAUGAAUCAUUCAGGAGAUCUGCACUUCAGAAAUCUAACAUGAGAAGGUUAUUAGUGAGCGUCACUGGAUCACAGAAAAUCUCUUUGCCAAUGACUAUUGCAGUGUGUGGAAUAGCAAAAUUGUUUGUUGGUGAACUCGUUGAGACAGCUAGGGUAGUUAUGACAGAGAGGAAGGACUCCGGGCCGAUUAGGCCCUGCCACAUCAGAGAAGCAUAUAGAAGACUAAAGCUUGAUGGGAAAGUGCCAAAAAGAUCAGCUCCCAGGCUUUUUAGAUAGCCCGACAGAAAUGCAAAUUUGCAAGCUGUUUGCUCUGGCUUGCAUGCUGAUACAAUUUUAUUCACUGCUGGUCUCUAUUCUUAAUAUAUGUGAGCUGUUUGCUCUGCUUGCAUUCUUAGUACAAUGGUUGCUCAACACACGUGGUGAUUUUCUUCGUUUCUUGUUUAAGGAUUUUUUAGUUCGUAAUUCAAAUGUACCUCAUCCUCUGUAAGAUACUGUUCAGACGGUAAAUGAUUCAUGUUUGUGUUAGUUAAA